GGUUUAAGCGGUGAUGGGAUUUUACGGAGGCGGAAACGACGGUGAAAGCAUGACAUCGGGUCGCCGUGAAUCAACCGGAAUUGAUUCUAUCGGCAUCGGGAAAGUAUUAGCUGUAUAUUUUAAGGACAACGAGAACUUGGCCAUUGAUGAGGAUAAGUUGCUGCUCACGGCGGAGCUUAUCCGCGUAUUCUCCACCUCACCUGGUAGAGACCUAGUUUCUCAGGUGAAUGAAGACGGUGGUGGUUCCUUCUCUUUGUCUCUUGAUCUCCAACAAUUCAAGAAAAUAUCCGAUAUCGAGAACUUUUUCAUAAAUCUAGAGGAUAAUCCCAAAGGAGUUAUCCCAUGUAUGAAUGCUGCUGUUCACAAGGUUCUUUUAAGUCAAUGGGAGACUAAUGAGUUUGAGAAUGGUAUGAAGAUCAAUGUUCGUCUGCAUAAUUAUCCUGAAUCUUCUAUCUCACUGAAAAACCUGAGAGCGGCUUAUAUUGGAAAGCUUGUAACAGUUCAUGGGACUGUUGUUAAAGUUAGUACUGUGAAGCCCCUUGUCACACAGAUGGCUUUUGACUGUGCAAAGUGCAAAACUAGCAUAACCCGGGAAUUUACUGAUGGAAAGUUUUCACCUCCACUAAAAUGUGACGCCCAUGGAUGCAAGUCCAAAACGUUUACUCCAAUCCGGUCCUCCGCUCAGACAAUUGACUUUCAGAAAAUCAGGGUACAGGAGUUGCAAAAGCCUGAAGACCACGAAGAAGGACGGGUACCCCGAACUGUAGAAUGUGAGCUAAUGGAAGACCUUGUGGACACAUGUAUCCCUGGUGAUGUGGUGACAGUUACAGGGAUUAUAGGAGUAAUUAAUAAUUACAUGGAUAUUGGGGGAGGGAAAUCGAAGACCAAGAAUCAAGGAUUUUAUUAUUUGUUUAUCGAGGCAGUUUCAGUGAAAAACACCAAGCGGCAGUCUGCAUUUGAGAACUCAGAAGACUCUAGUAGCAGUGCCCAGUCUGCAGAUGUUGGUGACUUAUAUUCAUUCUCACAGAGAGACUUGGAAUUUAUUGUGAAGUUCAAAGAAGAAUAUGGUUCUGAUACAUUCCGUCGCAUACUUCAUUCAGUCUGCCCGUCUAUUUAUGGCCAUGAAAUUGUCAAAGGUUAUACUUCUGUCCAUUACAAGAUUUCCUGGGAUAUCAUUGCUGGGAUAACACUAUCUCUUUUUGGAGGUGUAAGGAAGCACUCGAUGGAUCGGAACAAAGUUCCAGUCAGAGGAGACAUUCAUGUCAUUAUUGUUGGUGACCCUGGAUUGGGUAAAAGUCAGCUCUUGCAAGCAGCAUCUGCCAUUUCCCCGCGUGGCAUUUAUGUAUGUGGUAAUGCGACGACUAAAGCAGGGCUCACCGUUGCUGUAGUGAAAGAUUCCAUGACAAAUGACUAUGCGUUUGAGGCUGGUGCCAUGGUACUCGCAGAUGGUGGGUUGUGCUGUAUUGAUGAGUUUGAUAAAAUGACCACCGAGCAUCAGGCGUUGCUAGAAGCAAUGGAACAACAAUGUGUCUCUGUUGCAAAGGCUGGGCUUGUAGCUAGUCUAUCAGCUCGAACUUCUGUUAUAGCAGCAGCAAAUCCUGUUGGUGGCCACUACAACCGUGCCAAAACUGUAAACGAAAACUUAAAAAUGAGUGCUGCCCUUCUCUCACGGUUUGAUUUAGUUUUCAUAUUACUUGACAAACCUGAUGAGCUACUCGACAAGCAAGUCUCAGAACAUAUUAUGUCGCUUCAUUCUGCAAGUGGAGAAACAUCACCUGCACUAAAGAAGUUUAAACCAGCAUCACAGAAUGCUGGAUAUGCAAACAUGCAUGCAAAAGGGAAUUCUCUACUUUCAAGACUGCGGUUGGACUCUAAGAAAGAUGACGACUUUUCUCCAGUUCCUGGCCAAUUGCUUAGGAAAUAUAUUUCUUAUGCACGGACUUUUGUCAACCCUAAGAUGUCAAAGGAAGCUGGAGAGAUCAUACAGAAGUUUUACUUGAAGCUGAGAGACCAUAACACAUCUGCUGAUUCCACACCAAUAACUGCAAGACAACUGGAAAGUUUGGUUAGGCUUGCGCAAGCUAGAGCUCGGGUUGAUUUAAGGGAAGAAAUAACAGUCCAAGACGCCAUGGAUGUGGUUGAAAUAAUGAAAGAAUCGUUGUAUGAUAAGCUUAUAGAUGAACAUGGGGUUGUGGAUUUUGGUCGGAGUGGAGGAAUGAGUCAACAAAAGGAGGCCAAACGUUUCUUAAGUGCUCUUGAUAAGCAAUCAGAGCUGCAGCAGAAAGAUUGUUUUUCUGUUUCUGAGAUGUAUAGUUUAGCUGAUAGAAUCGGCCUACGAGUUCCAGACAUCGAUACUUUCCUAGAGAAUCUGAAUAUUGCCGGAUAUUUACUCAAGAAGGGACCAAAGACUUACCAGGUCCUCUCCUCAUCUUAUUCCCGGAGUCAGUCAUCCAGGUCAAGAUGAUUAGCAUUCCGAGUAAAAACCUUCCUUUAUAACAGAAACAUUUUAAGUAAAUCUAGCAUGUUCAU